CCUGCGACUCUCAGCUGUCUCUCUGGUCCAACACAGCAGAAUCUCCUCCUCAGUGCAGUCAGGUUCUCCAGAGUCCUGCUAAUCACCUCGAUUAUGUGACUCAGGUGUAUUGAAGCAGAGGCGCACCUAAACUCUGCAGGCAUGGGCUGCCCAGCCCUGGCUUAACAUUUAGGCAGGUGGUCAUAAUGUUAUGCCCGAUCUGUGUAAACAGUGAGGUGGCCUUCAGAAGGUUCUGGUUCUACUGAACAUUUCCCAUUUCUUCUUCUUCUUCUGUGACUUUAACAUCCCUUUUGUCCUGAUCCAUCCUGACCUCCAGCGUCGCCAUGACCUCCAGCGCCGCUCUGCUCGCCUGGUCCAGAUUCGGGUUCUGUGCGUCCAGAACCGCUUCCUCCUCAUGCAGAGUCCUGGUCCGAUCCGCCUGCAGUCGCUCUUGGUCCAGCGGCGUUAAGGUGCGCUCCUACCUGCAGUACGUGAAGCGGAAGCUCCGCCCCCCUCCAACCCCCCCUUACAGCCACGUGUGCCAGGUGGGCGACCCGGUCCUGCGCUGCCGGGCCGCCGGCGUGGACCCGGCGGCCAUAGCGGGCCCGGAGAUCCAGCAGGUUCUGGUAACCAUGGUGACGGUGAUGAGGAGGCUGCAGUGCGUGGGUCUGAGCGCGCCGCAGGUGGGCGUGCCGCUCCGCAUCCUGAUGCUGGAGUAUCCCUGGAACCUGUUCGAGGCGGUUCCGCCCGCGGCCCGGCGGGCCCUCGGCCUCUCCAUCCAGCCGCUCCGGAUCUUCCUGAACCCGGAGCUCCGGGUUCUGGACAGCAGCACGGUUCUGUCUCAGGAGGCCUGCGAGAGCGUCUCGGGCUUCUCCGCCGCCGUGCCGCGGUUCCGGUCCGUGGAAGUGUCAGGCCUGAACGAGAAAGGUCAAGAGGUCACCUGGCAGGCGAGCGGCUGGCCGGCCCGGAUCCUGCAGCACGAGAUGGACCACCUGGACGGAGUUCUGUUCCUGGACCGCAUGGACUCCAGAACCUUCGUCAACAUCAACUGGCAGGAGCACAACGACUAGCGCCAGCCGGCCCCGGGCAACGCAGAGCUGGACCCUGGUUCUGGUGAACCAAACAGGUCAAAUAAAAUCUCUUUAAGAUGAAAUGAGCUGAAUCUGAUCUUCAUCAGUCUGAGCACAAAAGAUGUUCUGAACUCGACCCGGUUCUGGCCCAGCUGGUACCAGAACGUUUCAGAACCAGAACUGAGAGCAGAUACUGAGCAGAGGUCCAGGUUCUGGAAUAUAAAAUCCCCUGAUGGGUCUGAGGUUCUGUUGCCUUUCUUUGACAAACUGAACUUUUUUCACCAACAGGAACCAGAGUCAUCAGAACCUCCAGAACCAUCAGAACUGACUGUGUGGAUCUAUUCUCGUUAUUAAGGAACGUUUCUCUGAUUUUCUGAAAAGUGAAACCAAGCAAACUCUGAAACCAGAGGUUCUUCUGGUUCUUUACCUCUGUGCUGGUAGGAUCCGGUCAACAUCGGAUCCGGUCCGUCAGGUUCUGCUUGAGGCCCUGAUCGCCUUGGGCCGGCCCUGCAUGAAGAGCUGCUCUCUGCUGGACGCUCACCUCCAGCCCAUUUAGCCCAGCUGUGGGGCAGAAAGAUGAAAUUGAAGCCAGAUGUUUUCUCUGUAUUUGGGGGCGUCGUCAGUUUUUCUGCUAUUAGAGAACAAUUAGCAAAAUAAAUAGAAACGAUUUUUCUAAUUUCAA